UCGCACUGAGAGUGGGAGGGCCACUUCAGGUUUCAGGAAGAGCAGAGUACCUGUCGUUAAGAUUUAAAGCAAAGUGCAUGAAGCGGAGGACUGCGGCAUUCCAUGUCUGACAAAAACAUGCAGUGCCCGAAGUCCCCGGGAAGCCCAGUCCUCUCUGAGGACCAGUUCAGCUGCUCCAUCUGCCUGGAGGUGUUCGUGGAGCCCAUCUCCACCCCCUGUGGGCACAGCUUCUGCAAGGCCUGCCUGCAGGGCUACUGGAACCACAGCAAAAGGUUCCAGUGCCCCAUGUGCAAGAAGUCCUACUCCAGAAAACCCGAAAUGAGCGUCAACAGAGUGCUGGCUGAGAUAUGUUCCCAGUUCCAGGGGCUGACGGUGGCUGGAGGGGCCGGGGGGGCCGGUGGGGCCGGGGGCACCGUCUCCCGGGGGGGCCAUCUGAACGUGAACAUAGACACAGGCCACGGUGAUUCUCCAGGACCAGAUACCGGGGAGUUUGCUCGGCCCGGGGAUGUUCCCUGUGAUGCCUGCAUCGGGAGGAAAUUAAAGGCCAUGAAAUCUUGCAUUAACUGUGCCGGAUCUUAUUGUGAGACCCAUCUCAGGCAUCACAAGAAGGUCAAAACUCUGACAUCGCAUCGCCUGAUCGAACCCACCUUCCACCUGGAGGAAAAGAUCUGCAAGAAACACGAGCGCCUUCUGGACAUCUACUGCCGCACGGACCACGCCUGCAUCUGCGCGGCCUGCGCUGAGGCCACGCACAAGUCCCACGACAUCGUCUCCAUCGACCACGAGUUCAAGAAGAAGACUAAUAAUCUGGGAAAGAGGAGAUCCGAGCUGAAACAUCUGAUCAAAGAAAGGGCUAAGAAGCUGGACGAGAUCAAGCAAUCCAUCAAGGUGAUAAAGGUCAGCGCCCAGAAGGAGCUGGAGGAGAGCUGGCAGGUGUACGCCGAGCUGCAGCGGCUGGUGGAGCAGAGUCAGGCGGAGCUGGUGGAGCUGAUCGCCACCAGGCAGCGCGAGGCGGAGAAGCACGCGCAGGAGCUGGCCAGAGGUCUGGAGAAUGAGCUCAGCCAGCUGAGGAGGAGGAGCAACGAGCUGGAAGCCCACGCGCACACCAAAGACAAAGUGGUUUUCCUUCAGAAUUUGGCAACGCUGUCGCCCCCGCCCGAGCCCAUUGAUUGGUCAACAGUCACCAUCAACACAGACCUCUACCUGGGGACCAUCCGCUCCUCCGUCAGCGGCCUCGUUAACAAGUUCCAGGAGGAGCUCAAGCGCCUGUAUGGGAAAGAGCUGAGGAAGGUGCAGAAUUACGCAAGUGAGGUGAUUCUGGACCCGUCCACAGCCCAGAGGAACCUGGUUGUGUCUGACGACGGUCAGCAGGUGAGAUACGAGGAGCGUAAGACGUCCCACACCGAGGGGCCCAAGCGCUUCAGCCCAGCCCUCUUCGUCCUGGGUCGGGAGGGCUUCAGCUCCGGCCGCCACUACUGGGAAGUGGACGUGGGGCGCAAGACCGCCUGGACUCUGGGUUUGGCCCGCGCCACGGCUCGCCGCAAGGGGGAGAUCAAACUGAGCCCCGAGGGGGGAUACUGGUGCCUGUGGCUGAAGAACGGGGAGGUGAAGGCCCUGGCAGAAUACCGCCUGCCUCUGAUGCUGCCGGCCCAGCCCAGUAAGAUCGGGGUCUUCCUGGAUUAUGAAGCGGGCCAGCUGUCCUUCUACGACGUCAAGGCCCGUCUGCAUCUCUACACGUUCCUCGACAAGUUCAGCGAAAGUAUCUAUCCGAUCUUCAGCCCGUGUCUCACCCAGGAGGGCAAAAACACCUCCCCACUCACCUUAACACACAUUUAACACGGCCGAGGGUGUGGGGUGGAAGUGUAGAGACAAAACAGGUCGUCUCCUCUGAAGCCAGGCCAUCUCUGACAACGUUUCUCGGCUACAAUUAGAAUUUUACCUCAACUUCCAGUCUUAUGAAAUAAAUGUCUUUUUGUGACACUUUCCAUCACUCUGGGCUACAAGACUUUAUUGACUGACUGCAUGUAUUACGCUAUGGAGGAUUUUUUGUGCCAAAAUUAAAUAAAUAAAUACAUCAUUAAUUAAUUAAAAUGGGAAUGAAAUAUAUCAUUAAUUAAUUAAAUGUGUCAUUAAUUAAUUAAAAUUAGAAUGAAAUAUGUCAUUAAUUAAUUAAAAUACAAUUCAUUUUAAGUAAAAAUAUAUAUUUAUUAUUUCAGCAUUUAAUUAAUUAAUGACACAUUUAAUUAAUGAUUUCGUGUUACGUGUGAAUCAUGAAAUGUAAAACUGCAUUUAAUUAAUUA